AUGGCAAACCAGGGCUACGAUGUGGUAGUCGACGUGGACGCCGAGGGCGACCUCGGCCACACCGACCUUCAGGAGGACCUUGAAUUCCACCGUUCGAACUUCGAGAACGACCCGCGCACCGCCAAAAUCCAACAAGACUCGACCCCAUUCCUGGGCGGCAGCGGAGGCGACCACAGCACCUCGCGCAGCGGCGGCGGCCGGCGGGACCGGUCGCCGGGGGGCACGCCGACGAAGCACACGUGGUGGACGAUCCACUACUACGCGCAGUUCUUCGACGUGGACACGAACGAGGUGCUGCGGCGGUGCGUGGCGACGGUGUACCCGCGCAACAACUUCCUGGACGUGCUGGAGGGGAACCCGGACCUGUACGGGCCGUUCUGGAUCGCGACGACGGUGGUGGUGAUUCUGUUUUUGACGGGCACGAUCUCGCAGUGGCUGAGCAACAACGACGACGCGCACUUCGCCUACGACUUCACGCUGCUGUCCGGCGCCGCGGGCCUGGUGUACGGGUACACGGGCGUCCUCCCCGUCGCGCUCUGGGGCGCGCUCCGCUGGUUCGGCAGCUCCAGCGCCGACCUGGUCGAGUCGUGGGCGCUCUACGGCUACUCCAACCUCGUCUGGAUCGCCGUCGCCCUCGUCAGCUGGAGCCCCCUCACCGCCCUGAACUGGGCCCUCGUCGGCGUCGGCUUCGGCUGGUCCGUCUUCUUCCUCCUGCGCAACCUCUACCCCGUGCUCAGCGCCACCGACGCCAAGGCCAGCAGGAUCCUGCUGAUCCUGGUCGUCCUGCUGCAUGCCGGCUUCGCCUUGGCCAUCAAGAUCUUGUUCUUUGCGUGA